AUGGCCUCCCGGGUCACGAGGCUGCUCCUGCACCGCCGCCUCGCCACCGCAGCGGAGGCCUCCGCUCGCCGCGCGCCGCAGGCUCCCUGCGCCGGCGCCGCUGUCUCCAAGGAUGUUGCUAAGGCUGAAGCUUCGUCUUUGAAAAAUUCAAGGUGGUACGUGACUAGGUCAAACACUUCAGGUCCUUUGACUACUCGUUAUGAGUGCCGCAAAGUAUUUCCUUGUUCUGUAAGGCCAUGUGCAUCUUACUCUACACAAGCUUCAGACCAGAAGGCAAAACAGGAAGGGAAAGACUUGUCAGCUGUAGAACAUCCCUUUGAUGAUAUUACCUACAAUAUACCUGAGAAGCCAGUGACAUUUACUGAAGGUGCUUCUUAUAGUCUUGUAAUUCUUGCUGGACUCGGAAUUGCAGGGGUGGCUGGAUAUGCUGUGUUCAAAGAGCUUAUAUUUGAGCCAAAAGAGUACAAGAUAUUUGGGAAAGCUCUAGCAAGAAUUCAGAGUGAUAGCCAGGUCACGUCAAGGAUUGGCCACCCUAUUACUGGAUAUGGCCAGGAAACUAGAAAUCGUGCAGCUCGGCAAAGAAUUCCAAAUAAGAUUUGGACAGAUGAGGACGGUGUUGAACAUGUGGAGGUGAACUUUCUCAUCCGUGGGCCACAUGGAGCUGGAAAAGUGUAUUCAGAGAUGUUCAAAGAUAAUUCUGAUCGGACAUGGAAGUUCACAUACCUCGUUGUUGAUAUCGUGUCACCACCACAUGCAAAAACACAACUGAUGUUAGAAUCUUACUUACCAGCAUAA